AUGGGGAAGAUUUUCCCUUCCGCUGGGAAACUCCAAGAACUCAACAAAAUAGUCUCUUCCCACAAGCCUAAACGCUCAAAAGCAGUGCCUAUCAUUCCCUUCAUGCCAAGACAGGUCCGUUUUGACUUCGAGCCACUCAAGUUGAGAAAGAUGGAGGUCCGUUUUAAUCGGGUGCCACUUUCUCAGGUUGUGUCUGAGUGCACGAAACGGUGGUUUCAAGAUACACUCAAGGAGGCCAAAGCUGGUGAUAUUGCCAUGCAAGUUCUUGUGGGUCAGAUGUAUUAUAAUGGCUAUGGUGUUUCUAAAAACGUCCAAAAGGGCCAUGAUUGGAUUAAUAAAGCUUCCAAGAGUCGAGCUUCAGCGCGGAAAGUGAGUGAUAAACGUCCAGGUAUGUGCACUCUCCUUCUGUUGGUUAGAUCCUUGAUUAUUUUCCAUUUUUUUAAAUUGAGUUUUAUGUUGUUUCCUUAGCUUAUAAUGCAAGUGACUCAGAUUCAGAUGAAGAAAAGGGAGAUGCAAGUAAGAACCGAUAGUUAUUGUCAUUGAAAUUACAAAUGAGAAGCUGAGGUGAACUUUUACUGUUCUUAUUGCUUAUUUACUAAUUGCUUUUAAUUGAUUGUAAGUCCUUUGAUGUGGCUGUUCCAAAGUCCAUUUUUAGUGUUACUUAGCAUAAAAGUUCUUUGUGGAUGCAUACUCUUUUUUCAUGCUUCAGCAAAAGUCUUGUUAUGCAGUUUUGUUAUGUACAAUACCUUAUGGUUUUUUAAAACCACUGAGAAAUGAAAAUUUUCCAAGACAGGCCACUGUGUGCAACUGCUAGGUCAGCAUAGCUAACAUAAUCAACUGUUUGUGUUUUUCUUUAUUUUAGGUAGUUUUAGAGUGUACCCUUUAUCAACUUUUGUAUUGUGGCAAUUAAAGAAUCAGGAUUUAUAGUUGCAUUUUACUUCCAAUAGGUAAGAAGAAAGUAUGAAGUGGCAUUAGAAUUUUGCGUUUCAUGAACAACUGUUAUUAUAUUCCUACUCGAAUGAUCUAGCAAGCUCUGAAUGAUCUCUCAGCAUGCACUGAACCAUGUUUAUUGUUUUUGGCAGCAUAUUCUUAAGUGUACUUCGUCACAUUAAAGCUGUCCAGAGGCUGACUAUAUCUUUUUGAUCUCUCAAAACUUAUUUGAUUUAGUUGUCUUUGCAUUCCUUAAGCUCUAUAUAUGUUUACCUGUGGUGAUUCUAUUCAAAUAAAUAUGAAGUUUUUGGUCCUCAUCAA